AUGCAGGGCGCCAACGUUCCCAAGGCAGCAAAGGACGCACAGGAGUCGCGGGAGGUUGAGGAGAAGGUGAAAAAGAAGAAGAAGAAGAAGGACAAGGACAAAAUCAAGAAGUCAAAAAAGCGGCACAGCUCCAGAUCCCCUGAGAACAAAGACUUGAAAAAGAAGAAGAAGAAGAAGAAAGCAGCAGAGGACUGCUGA